AAACUUAAUCCGAACUCAGACCUCGAUAUAUAUGGUUCAUCGGUGAAUAAAUGUAUGAUAAAUUAUUAUUCCUGUGUUUUAUAGUUUUUUCAUUUAAUUUAUAAAAACUUUUUCAAACACCGCGCAAGUUUUAUUCACAGUUAUGUGCGACAUCGCUAUCGUGGCGUAGUAACACAGUAUUGCCUGGACGACUGAGAGACCCUCUCUUCCAUUAUUGUCCGAAGUGUAUUUCGUGUCAGCGGCGCUGGUUCGUAGUGGAGUUUGUGUAGUGUGCCGGUAAUAUCUAGGAGAAUCUGCAAUGGCUGACCAACUCACAGAGGAGCAAAUUGCAGAAUUCAAAGAGGCGUUUUCCCUCUUCGACAAGGAUGGCGAUGGCACGAUAACAACCAAGGAAUUGGGUACAGUAAUGCGAUCACUUGGUCAAAACCCAACGGAAGCAGAAUUGCAAGACAUGAUCAAUGAAGUAGAUGCUGAUGGAAAUGGAACCAUCGAUUUCCCCGAAUUCUUAACGAUGAUGGCGCGUAAGAUGAAGGACACUGACAGCGAGGAAGAGAUCAGAGAGGCGUUUAGGGUAUUCGAUAAGGAUGGUAACGGUUUUAUCUCAGCUGCCGAGUUGAGACAUGUGAUGACAAAUCUUGGUGAAAAGUUAACAGAUGAAGAAGUUGAUGAGAUGAUAAGAGAAGCUGACAUCGACGGUGACGGGCAAGUCAAUUACGAAGAAUUCGUCACAAUGAUGACAUCAAAGUGAAUGCAAACGCAUGUUUGGGAAUAAUUCACAACUAGGAGUGGUGUUGAUAAUGAAGUGAAUACCAGAAUAUAAAGCUAUCAUCAACACUUAACAUAAUACUAUAAUAAUAAGUAAUAAAGAUAAUUAAUACCAACCAUCUUCAUCGUCGGCAACAAAAUCUUAAAGUAUAAAUAUUGAAACUGCAUUUCUGCUUUCCAGUCUUAAUACAUCGUGAAUUGGAAAUAUUUAACAGUAUCAUGAAAAGUUGGAGUAGACCUUUGAAUAAAGUUUGAUGUAAUUUACAAGUAAUAAGUAAAGUACUAUAGAACAUUUGCGAUAAUCAUCAAAUUUUGUUCAAAGUUUGUGUAAUUUUUUAAGAAAUAUAUUCAAGUAUUGUGUUUGAAUUAAUAAUAACUCUGAAACUACCCUUCGUAUCUUGUUUUAAUUCUACAUGUCCGUGUUUAAUGGGAAAAAAGAUAAAAAGAGAGAAGAAAAAAGGAACAUUAUUUGAACAUUAUCUGGAAUUUAUGUAUCGUAGUAUUAUAAAUUAUAACUCCUAUAACGGAAUCACAUUCUGAUAUGUAAAAAAAAAAAAAAUUACAAAAAAUGUCCGUGUUAAAUAAUACUUCGUGGCAUGAUACUCGGCUCAAUGUGACAGAGGAAU